AUGGGAAAGGGUUGGGAUUUUGUUAUUUUUAAUUUAAGAAAUAAUCUAACGUUUCUUUUCGUAUUUUUUUGUAGAGUUCUGGUUUCUUCGGCUUUGGGACUUGAAUCUGGUAUGAUUCUUUCGGCUUUGGAACUUGAAUAUAUGGAAUCAUCUUCGAGUUUUAGGUCGGCUUCUCAGUAUGGACCUGUCUCUUAUACACAUCUAGAUGUGUUUGUAGACGACGUUAUAAGGACUAUCCAUAAUGGGAUUGGUGAAACGUUCAGACCACGUGCCGGUAAUGGUGACUCUAGUAUGGACAGAGAAGUAGUGCUCAUAACAGAUCUAGUUCUGGUUUCUUCGGCUUUGGGACUUGAAUCUGGUAUGAUUCUUUCGGCUUUGGAACUUGAAUAUAUGGUAUCGGUUUGUUUAUUUUUCGAUUAA